UCAGAGUCUCAACUGGAGACAACUGAAGUCCCCGAGAAUUCAGAUGGUAGCAAACGUCACUUGAUCUCGGAAAGGAUAUUAUUUUCCCUCGUUGUUGCGUCUGAAAACCACAGACGAUGGUGAAUCAGUGUUGCGUGAAACAGUUGACACAGUAAAAUAAAACCGAUAGAAUAUUCGUUCGCAUUUCGUCAGCUGUGAAAAUAAUUUCAACAGAAAACAUUCAAUGCAGACUGAUAGAUAUUUUAAUUGAACGUUUUUGGUGAAUUGGAUACAUUUAUUUUUCGUAUUUCAAUGUUGGUGAAAUGUUGGAAUUAAAUGUUAAUCCACUUUUAAGCUGAAAAAAAUCCCAAAUUAUUAAUAUGAAAACCCUUUCGAUUAUCAAAAGUAGAGAUUUGGUCAUAUUGAACUAUAUUCCUCGAACUGUGAAAAAAGACAAAUGACUUUUUUCGAAUUCACGGGAAUUCUUCUGUUUUUUAAUCUUUCUAUUAUGCACAUGCACACAAACACAGAAUAUAAUUGUCCUUCAACAUUUCAAAUUGAUGAUUGCGGAAAUUUGUUGCUUUCUGUUCAACCUUAUGAAAAGUUGUGUAAUUUUUUGUUGGCUAUGCCACCAUAGAUUCAAAAUAUUUGUUAUAGUAUAGAGUAGCUCCAAGAUAACACACAUAAAUAUUAUUCAAAAUAUUUUAAAAUUAGAUUUCAAUUACUGAAGAAGAUGAUGAAAUCGCACCGUUAAUCUCGAAAUCGAAAACAUGGUCUCAAAGUGAAUUGUAAAUUUUCUAAUAACUGUUGCAUGGACAAGCAAUAAAUUUUCUAUUUGUUCUUUGGUAAAGUUAUACGCUUCUUUCUUCGUAAAUUAGCCGUAGCUAUGGUAAUGUGCAAGGAAACACCGUCCGAACAAAGCGAAGGUGUAUUUUUGCAUUACUUCAAUUUUUUGCAAAUAUUUCAGUGAAAUCACUUAAUUGUUGAGUUUCUUUUCCGUAUGUUAUGAUGAACUAGCUGAUUUUAUAUUCAAGUGACGUAAAUUCAGUAAAUAAAAUCCCCGAUAAUGUUGGUAGAAAUCGUUAAGACCAAAGAGUUUGCUUUCAGACAAAUGAACAUUUUCUCGCAUGUGAUUCCUACUGUUGUGAAACCGCAAAAUGUUUCCAUGAUCCAGAACCUGCCCACGGCUCUUAAUUAAAAUUGUCCUCUUUUUUCAAAUUUCUACCUCCGAACACGUCCGUUUCAUAAAAUGCUGUAAUGUUGUAUUCUUCUUAUCAAUAUUGACAUUAUUAAUUUGAUAACAAUAAAAAGGAACAAUAUACAAACUCCAAAAGUUUAUGAACUUAAGAAAUAGUAACGUUAGCUGCAGCUCAUUUGAAUGUUUUGCAAGCAAAAAUUAACUGAUAUCAUUACUUGAUGCUUUGUUGGUGGUGCUAAAUAGCACUACAGAUGCUAUCAAUCAUUUGUACAGGAUGUGGGCAGUGCCCACUGGGCAGCACAUUCAAUUGAUAUAUUCCAAUGCCAUGACUAUUUACUAUUUUCUAGAACUUGAAGCAAAUCGCAUCGUUAGUAUUACUUGAACAUUUGAAGAUGAUGUGUUUGAAAUAUAGAUUUCUGUUUCUCUACUUACUGCAAAUUUGUAGUGUUUUCGCGAAUGAAAAUAUUCAAAUAGAAUGUGAUUCUAUUUCGAACACAGACUUUGGCCGUCGAUUCUGUUUCAUUCGACAUAUGAAUAAUAGAACUUUCCAUAAGGUCACAUUCAAACCAAAUCCGAUUGCUGAUGAAAAACGCGAGCUGAUUUUCGAUAAUUGCACAAUUGACGCAUUACCCUUGGGAUUUUUUGAAUACUUUCCAAACAUUAGGACCGUCUACGCGUGGAACAUUAAACUUCAGAACGUGAGCAAAGAGGCGUUUCGAAAUGGCAACGCGCUUGCAGUUUUGGAUUUGUCGAAAAAUCACAUUGGAACACUUGUUGAGCAUGCAUUCAGUUUAGCAAAACAAUUAAUAGAAUUGCAUUUGUCAAAGAACCUGAUCCAAUCAAUUCACGUUAAUGCAUUCUCGGGACUUGGACAGUUGAACAUUUUGAAUCUGGACCAUAAUAGACUCCAAUUAAUACCGGCAAAUUGUUUUGACUCGUUAACUCAAUUGAAAACGAUUCGUUUAAGUCACAAUUCAAUUAAAAUGAUUCCAGUAGAAUUGUUUGGACAAAACGUACGCCUACAGGAUAUUCACUUGAAUGACAAUGCCAUUGAAUGGAUGUUCGGUGAACUAACGUUUCGACAUUUAUCAUAUGUUAACAAAUUUGAUUUGCACAACAACCCAAAUGCAAAUCCAGGAUGCUGUGUCAUUAACGCUGAAUCGAUUGACAUUCGAAACACGAAUUCGAAGGGGUGCUAUAUCGGUUCACGUACUAAACAAGUUUUGGCCAACAAUAAUGGAAUAACGUUUAUUGAUAGCAAUGAUGCAACGCUGGCAAAUUUGGAGCAUAUCGAACUCGCAAACAAUCGGUUGGAAAAAAUGCAAAAUUUAACACGAUUCAACAAAAUGACCUAUCUCGAUUUAAUGAACAACUCAAUAAACGACAUUGAUCUUACGUCGUUCGCCAAUAUGCAUCGAUUGGAAGUGUUGAAUUUGCGAAAUAGUGGACUUUCUAAAAUUCAAUUUGGCAUGUUUUCACAUAAAUCCAAGUUGAAAUUGCUUGAUAUUUCAUACAAUUGGUUGCGUAAUAUAAAUUUUCAAAUGUUCGUAUCGAUGAAAAGCCUUAGAAAACUUCAUCUGGAUGGCAAUAAUCUCAAUAAAAUAGACGCAGCAGAAAUUCGGAAAACUCUUCCAUCUCUUUCAAAAAUUAGUAUAUCGGAAAAUGAUUGGUCCUGCCACAACUUAGCAUCGAUUAUAAAAUAUCUUGAAAGCAAUGGCAUUGAACUGGAUUCAGUUGAUUUGACGAAAGAUACAGAGAAUAUAAAAGGUGUUCCGUGUACCACAGAUAUCGAUAACAGCACUAACAGUGAGGUCAUUCCAAAAGGAAACGGAAUUGGAGUGACCAGCAACGAACCAGAUGAGAAGAACUAUGCUACAUCCACGCCCACGUCAACUGAUAUGGGUGAUAAAAAAUAUUGCGAUCGUAGCUUAGAUGCAUUUCAUAUGUAUUUAACUCAACGCCUACUCGAAUUAAAAUAUGACAUUCAGAAUUCAAUCCAAAGUGUCACUGAGGCUGCCAAAAAACUCGAAUAUCUUCUAAAUUUAUCAUAAAUCUAUAAUAGUAAAUUUGCUUAACAUUUGACUAACUAUUAUUCCUGACCAUUUCUGUAUGUAUAAAUCGGAAAUAAAUAACUUACAUCCCAAACUA